AUGUGGCCUAAUCUUAUCCCUACAUCACACCUCGAAGAUAGAACCUCAACCACCCUUCACCAACUCCAAUGUAGAUGUAGGGACAAGAUUAUGCCACAUCAUUACCAAGUUGCUUGGAGAAACUUGGUACCAAGUUUCUAUAUUGAUGAAAUAAAACAUUUCCAAGAUGGACGGUGGGUGUCAGCGCAAGAAGCAUUUUGGAGAAUGUAUGAAUUCAAGAUGAAUGAAACUACUCCUCCAGUCAUUAGUCUUCAAUUACAUCUUCCAGAUAAGCAAUCAAUUUGUUAUUGGCAACAUCGAGAUCUUCGUGAUGUAAUAGGUUCAGAAAGAUCAUCAAAAACUAUGCUCACUGAAUUCUUCACAAAAUGCACAACAACUGAAAAUGCAAGGAAAUUUCUAUACGUCGAAUUUCCUGAACACUACGUGUGGAGUAACCAAGCAAAGAUUUGGUCUGAUCGAAAGCACAAACUUGUCAUUGGUCGUAUAAACGCUGCAAACCCAAAAGAAGGAGAGAGAUAUUAUUUACGUCUAUUGUUAAAUCAUGUGAGGGGCCCUACUUCAUGGGAAUAUCUUUUAACAGUUGAUGGUAUUGCAUAUAAGUCCUUCAAGGAAGCUGCACAAAAAAGAGGAUUACUAGAAGCUGAUGAUAGUAUUUCUGAUUGUUUAGUUGAGGCCACUACCUUCCAAAUGCCUUAUGCACUACGGAGAUUAUUUGCCAUUAUUUUAGUUUAUUGCCAACCAUCAAAUGUAAGAAAAUUAUGGAACGAUCAUUUUGAAGCGAUGGCAGAAGAUUUCAAGGGAGGAGUAGAUGAAUACAUGCUACCAGCUCGUGUUGCAUGGACAUUAAAAAGCAUUAGUCUAUUCCUUGAGAGUAUGGGUAAACAUAUUGCAGAUUAUGAUCUACCAUUACUGAUACAUGAUGAUGUUGACCAAUGUCAAACUUUACCGAGAGAAAUUAUUGAUGAAAGGGAGAUAGACAUUCCAUUUGAAGAUUUUCAUGCUCAAUCAAAGUUAAACCCAAGGCAAAAACAAGCCUUCGAUAUCAUAUUAGAUAGAGUCAACAAAAAAAAAUCUGGAAUAUUUUUUGUGGAUGGUCCGGGAGGAACAGGUAAAACUUUUCUUUAUCGUGCAUUGCUUGCAAAUCUAAGAUCAAGAAAGAUGAUAGCAUUAGCAACAGCGACAUCAGGAGUGGCUGCAGCAAUAAUGCCAGGAGGGCGAACUGCACAUUCGCGCUUCAAAAUUCCAAUUACUGCUAAUGAAACUACAAUGUGCAAUAUAUCAAAGCAGGAUGGAACAUCAAAAUUGAUACGAUUGGCAUCACUUAUAAUAUGGGAUGAAGCACCUAUGGCAAAAAGAUUUGCGAUUGAGACGGUUGACAGAACAUUGAGGGAUGUAAUGGGUGACAAAAGAUUUUUUGGUGGAAAAGUAGUCGUGUUUGGAGGUGAUUUUCGUCAAGUUCUACCAGUUGUUCCACGGGGCACUAGAGCAGAAACAAUCAAUGCAAGUCUUGUGAAAUCAUAUCUCUGGGAAAAAAAUGGAGAAAUUAUCUCUCACUAUUAA